ACAGUGAGCUGAAGACUUUAUUUCUUACUGUAACCAGCCGUGUGCUCUGUCAGUGCCUCUUUGCUUUGUUUCAUUUUCACUCCGAGGCGACUUAUUUCACGAUUCGGCCUUUGAAAAGCUGGCAGAAGAUGAGUGCAUCUGAUUCGUCCAACAUGACCCUUCGCCUGGAGGGGUCCCUGACCAGAGCUUUAGGCCACUACCUGGACAACUGGAGGCGUAACUUGACAGCUGCAGCCAACACUUUGGACCAGACUCUGGCUGAGGAGAACUUCAGGAACGUCAUCUGGUAUCUGGCAGUGAUGAUCGGCAUGUUUGCCUUCAUUAUUGUGGCCAUGCUGGUAAGCACGGUCAAAUCCAAGAGGAGAGAGCACUCUAAGGACCCCUACCACCAAUACAUCAAGGAGGACUGGACCGCUCAGGUGCAACAGGGCGACGCUGUCACCCGCUAAGCAAAGACGCUAAACUCACAGCAGAUCAUCGUCAUCACCAAUGAUUAUAAAGUGGUCUUUUCCCUAUAUAUCCCUUCUUUUCCAGUGAGUUCUGCUAAUGCUAUUUACCAUGUGUAAUCAGGAUAAUAUGGUUUCCUAGAUAUUGUUCAUCUCACUCGUGGUUAAGCUGCGUUCAGUCAUUCCAUUGACACACGUGUUGAUUGAAUUUCAAUUUAAAGAGAAUGUUAUUUAACACUGUGGAUGAAGUGAAUACAUGUGUUGUUCCAAUAUGUUCAUCGUGGUCAACCUGAAACGAUUCAUGUGAAAUUUCGCUGUCACACUGUCACGACUUCCUGGGACUCUUGAAUAGAUGUGCGCCAUUGUUAGUGUUGUUUGUGAAAUCACUGGUUCUAAUACUGCUUUUAUAAGGCAUGUCUGCUGUGAAAAAAGGGCUAAUAACAAUAAAUAUACGAAAGAUCAGUCUGACACCAA